CCUUCUGGACGCCGGAAAGCCCUUGCUACCAGCAAUAUCAACAUGAAACAAUAUGCGAGCCCCAUGCCGACACAGACAGAUGUCAAGUUAAAGUUUAGGCCUUUGUCUAAGAAAGUUCUCUCAGCCACCCUGCAGUUCUCAUUAUCGUGUAUUUUCCUAAGAGAAGGAAAGGCCACAGAUGAAGAUAUGCAGAGCCUGGCAAGUCUGAUGAGUAUGAAGCAAGCAGAUAUUGGAAAUUUAGAUGACUUUGAGGAAGAUAAUGAAGAUGAUGAAGAAAAUAGAGUAAACCAGGAAGAAAAGGCUGCAAAAAUUACAGAACUUAUCAACAAGCUUAGUUUCCUGGAUGAAGAGGAGCAAGAUUUGGCAAAUUCAAGAUCAAAUCCCUUUGUAGAUUCUGAUAGAUCAGAGCUGAAUCCUUUUGGAGACACUGAUAUCGAAGAACCAGAUAUUAAGAUGACUUCAUUAUCCAAACAAGAGAACUACUGUGAUGACAGCGAUGAAUAUAACCCCUUUAAGGAAAAGAGUGUACAAUAUGUGAACCCUUUUGAUGAACCAGACCCUGAACCUGAGGUCCUGUUACCUGUCAAAGACUCUCCUCCUCAACCUAGCAAAAGGAAAAAUAUCCGACCUGUGGAUAUGAGCAAAUAUCUUUAUGCUGACACAUCAAGAACAGAUGAAGAGGAGUUAGAUGAAUCCAAUCCCUUUUAUGAACCCAAAGCAAGUUCUGCUUUAAAUGAUCAAGUUACUUCAGUGAAAGAAACAGAAAGGAAGAUGAAAAGAAAAGCUCCGGAACCACCAAUUCUCUCACCCAAGGUAGAAAGAGAAGCAAGUGAGAACAUGUCAGCUAUUCAUGCAGUGAAAGAGCUUUCCUCUUCUCCUAAGCCAAGCCCAUUACCAAGUCCUGUUUUGGGGAGAAAGCCAAAUGCUAGUCAGUCAUUGCUUGUUUGGUGUAAAGAAGUUACAAAAAACUACCGAGGAGUAAAAAUCACCAAUUUCACUACAUCUUGGAGAAAUGGUUUAUCCUUUUGUGCAAUAUUACAUCACUUUAGACCUGACUUAAUUGACUACAAGUCCCUGAAUCCUCAAGACAUUAAGGAGAACAACAAAAAGGCGUACGAUGGAUUUGCUAGCUUGGGAAUAUCCCGGCUACUGGAACCUUCUGACAUGGUUUUGUUAGCCAUUCCUGACAAGCUGACUGUUAUGACCUAUCUGUAUCAAAUACGGGCACAUUUCAGUGGACUGGAGCUAAAUGUAGUUCAGAUUGAAGAAAACAGUAGCAAAAGCACAUAUAAAGUCGGCAACUAUGAAACAGACACAAACAGCUCUGUUGACCAGGAAAAAUUCUAUGCAGAACUAAGUGACCUAAAACGAGAGCCAGAACUGCAGCAGGCAGCCUUUGAUUUCCAGAAAGACCCAGUAUUUGUAAAUGACAGCAGAGUUCUAGAGUCAGAAAGAGACAGAGAACCUCAAGACACAGCUGAGUCACGAAAUUUGACCUCUCCUCACAGGACUACAGGUGAUGCACAGCAACCACAAAAACAACAGGGAAGGAUUUCGGGAAUAGCAGAGCCUGAAAAAAACAGUGCAGCACAAACACAGCCCUUGUUGGGAAGGAAAAAGCUUCUCAAAGCAGAUACUCUAGACCUGAGUGACCUCAUGCAGAUCAGCGAUCUAAAAAGGGAUGCACUUCCCACAACUAUAGAUGAGGAUAUUGACAAAAAAGGAUAUCAGAAUUCUGACACUGCCAUUUGUUUCUCAGAACCUGCAAUACAAGAGCACCUCAGCCUUAGAGAUAGUAGGAAAUUGGAUUCUGAGUUACACGUUGAAAAAACAAAUUUAGAAAUGGGAAAUAAAUCUGGAUAUCCCAACAAUAGGGAUGUGGAUAUUAAUAAAUUAGAUAUGCAACUGGAGACUAAGCUACAGUUUGAGGCCAAAACAGUGAUACAUCCAACAGAUCUGCCUGGAAAAACUGCACAGCAACGAAUGUUAUCAAGACAAGAAGAGUUAAAAGAACGGGCAAGAGUCCUGCUGGAACAAGCAAGAAAAGAUGCUGCUUUAAAGGCAGGAAACAGACAGUUCUCCAGUUCAGUCGUCCCAGGCCGCUCUAAGCAACUGACUGAUCAGCAAGAUGAAGAGCGGCGUCGGCAGCUGAGAGAGAGAGCUCGUCAGCUAAUAGCAGAAGCUCGAUCUGGAGUGAAGAUGUCAGAACUUUCUAGUUACAAUGAAAUGGCUGCAGAAAAGUUGAAAGAAAGGUCAAAGGCAUCUGGAGAUGAGGAUCGGAGUGAUAACAUUGUGAUAGUUUCUAAUGAGGAGAUUCCUGAAUACAUUAUUUCUAGUGGUGAAGAUCAACAUACUAACUUAGAAAAUGAGCUUGAUUCCAAUGCUGAGCAGAACAGCAAGUUGGUGGAUCUGAAGCUGAAGAAACUUCUAGACGCUCAGCCACAGGUGGCAAAUUCAUUUACCAGCACAGCUCCAAAACCAGUUUCUGAUAACACUGAGCCAAUGUUUAUGAAUGAGACAGAGGAACAUGUUGAGCGAUUACAAAAAGCAGCUGAACGUUUUAGAAGUCCUGUUGUUUUCAGCAAGGAUUCAACGGUCAGAAAAACGCAGCUUCAAUCAUUCAGUCAAUACGUUGAAAACAGACCAGAGAUGAAAAGGCAGAGAUCAAUACAGGAAGAUAUAAAGAGAGGAAAUGAGGAGAAGGCAACGAUAACCGAAACUCAGAGGAAGCCAUCAGAAGAUGAAGUGCUUAAUAAAGGGUUCAAAGACACCAGUCAGUAUGUUGUAGGAGAAUUGGCAGCACUAGAGAAUGAGCAAAAGCAAAUUGACACCCGUGCCGCGCUGGUGGAGAAGCGCCUUCGCUAUCUCAUGGACACAGGAAGAAAUACUGAAGAAGAAGAAGCUAUGAUGCAAGAAUGGUUUAUGUUAGUCAAUAAGAAAAAUGCCUUGAUAAGAAGAAUGAAUCAACUUUCUCUUCUGGAAAAAGAACAUGACUUAGAAAGGCGGUACGAACUACUGAACAGGGAGCUAAGAGCCAUGCUUGCUAUUGAAGACUGGCAAAAGACUGAAGCUCAGAAGAGGCGGGAGCAACUUUUGCUAGAUGAACUUGUUAUUCUCGUUAAUAAACGUGAUGCGCUGGUCAGAGAUUUAGAUGCCCAAGAAAAACAGGCUGAAGAAGAAGAUGAGCAUUUGGAAAGAACACUUGAACAAAACAAAGGAAAAAUGGCCAAGAAAGAAGAGAAAUGUAUCCUUCAAUGACUGUCAUGGCCCGAGAUACUGUCACUUUUUGUAACUUCAGCCUUCUUACAUUUUGGAUAUAUGCCAACACCAAGACUAGACAACUAAAUCACAAACAGACCUCUUAAAAUUUCAGAAUUUUCCAUUUGGCCAGAUCAGCUUUAUCUUAAAUUGUUUUCUGAUUCUCUUCCCCCUUUUCAUUCAAACAACAGGGUUUCAGAAAUAGCUUUCCACCAGGAUUUUUUUGUGGGUUUAAUUAUCUUAAAUAAGUUUGCUCCCAAAUGUUUAAGCAGCCAUCCAGUUGUGUAAGAAGGGAGAAAACCCUAGCAUUAUAUUUUUAGUUAAAAGAACUUGCAAAUACAUUGUUCUAUGUAGUUACAUAGCACAGAAAGAAGGAAAUAUAUGCUCAAUUGUUUCCUCUAGUUCUGCCAUAUGUAAUAUUAAAUAUGUUAUCAACCAUUUUAUUGUUCGAUCAUACUCAUACAAUUUCUUUCAAUGUGCUAUAUUUACAUGCUUUUUUCAGCUGCAGUUUUACACUUUCAUUGUAAGUACAAUUAUAAAAUUUAAGGCUUUCUUAUGUGCUCAGAGAGCAAUUCUUUUUAACCAAUCUUUUAAGAGACUUGCAACCUAAAAAAAAAGGAAGUGAUUGUAAAGAUAAGGCUAAUUGAAGUAUGAUCAGUUUACAGAAAAUUCUUCUUUUGAGGCUACCCCAUUUUUUAUUAAUUAUUUAUUUACCUGUUAGUUUAGUUCCCUUUUCUUGAUCUUGUGCUGGACCUCUGCAGUCUGGUUCUACAGUGCUGUUAAUAUUUAUUCUGUAUCCAUCAGGGGUCUGUCUUGCCAUUGUUUGCAAAAUCUUGCAAGUAAAUAUAUCCUUCUCUAGCAUCAUGCUCAUUUUUGUGGAAAUGGUUAUGUUUAUUUAUUACAAUACCAAGUUAUGUAUAAUUUUUCAAUAAAAGCUGGAUC